UUCUCUUUCUUAGUCACAUGGCCAUCUUCCCUGUGUGUCUUCUACCUUCAAACCUCUCCUUCUUAUCAGGACACUAGUCACUGGAUUUGGAAUCUACCCUAAUAAUCCACCUCAUCUUAACUUCAUUACUGUACAUAUCUAAGUUCACAUUCACAGAUGGGGGAUGGGAGUAGGACUGCAACACAUUUUUUUUUUGAGGGGAGAACACAUUUCAACCCACAAUGGGUUCCUACUAUUAUGAGACAACAUAUAAUGUAUACAUUGCCCCAAAAGUAUAAUGAAAAUGUAUCAUUUACAAAUGAAAUUUGUGCUACCCACCAAUUUCUCAACUCUAGCUUUAUCCCACUAGGGAGAAAAUGCCAGCCAGUAUUAGACAUGCAGACUACAGGCAUGCACAAGAAAAGCAUAUUAGAGAAUACAUAGGUUAACAUUUAUUGAGCUCCUACUUUAUAUCCAGUUAUUUGCUAAGUGCUAGGGAUACAAGAAAGAAGAAGGUACCAAUCCCUGCUCUGGUGGAGCUCAUCCUGGUAGCCUGGACUGGUUCCAUAACUUUGGUCAUAGUAACAGCCUUGUAUUCAUAAAGUGAGCAAACCAGUUAUCCUCAUCACCUUAAUAAGUAAAAGAACUUAGAGACAGUCAUUACAGAUUGAUCAUACACCACCCAUUUUGACAAAAUCUGUAAAAAUUGAGGGGAUGAAGAUGAGUUACUGAAGAUGAGUUAACUUUUUUUUGAAGUAAAUUACUCAUAUAUGGCUUUGAAACCCUAAGGGAAAGCAAAAUGGAAAGCAAAUCAGAUGAAAAGAGGGUAAGGUUCCUGCUUGCUAUCUUGAUUCUCUUGCUUACCCUUACCCUUCACCAACUAGGAACUAGAAACAUUUGUUCUGUUUACGUGUUCUGAGGUGUGAACAGAGCACCUUAGAGUGAAUUGCCAUUUCAAGUCAUUAUUUCCAAACGCUCUGAACAUGUAUUACAUAAUCAUAGGAUAAAAGAAAGCGAUAACUAUUGUCAGAGUCUAAACAUCUCACUUUUACAGGUGAAACAAAGGUGUUAGAAUGUGACUUGAUUAGGGCCAUGUAACUGUAAUAGUACUAUAAGCUCCUUGAAAGUAGUGACCCUAUCUGGUUUUGGUGACCCUUAUAUUCUCAGAAACUUGUAGGUACCUAGCAGGUAGUAUUCAGUAAAUGCGUAUUACGGAAUGAAACAAUUUGAAUGAGUCAGAAAUACACCUUUUAAAUACUUUUUCUACUGCCAUAAUGAUUUCAAAUUUUUGAACAGGUUUAAGAUUCUAAAUUUAAAAAAACUUCAGGUUAGUCUAACAAAUGUUGAUAUCAUCAUUUAUCCAUGUGCUGUUAAAAAUUAUUUAAAAGAGAAUAGUUUGUGCUACAGACUAAUAGUCUUGGCUUCUGCUCUCAACAUUUCCUGGUCUUUUUACCUCUUUUGCAUUAGAUAGAGGAAGAAAGAAUCUAAACCAGAUUUUGCUGCCUGUUCACCCAGUAAGCCUUUUACAAUGGCUGUUAUUUGGUCCCAGCUGUUGUGCUAAAUUUAGGUUUUUGGCUUAUCUGUAACUGUUCUGUCUCCCGUUACCAAGGUUAAUUGCAAAGUGAUUUUAGAACAAGUAAAACUUCAGUUCAUUUUUUAAAAACUACAUAAUACAGUAUUCAAUAAUAUCAAAGUCAAAUCCACUGGGAUUUAACAUUUGUAGCAUUUUAUAGAUUAAAGAACUGUUCCCAUUUGUCAGUUUCAUCUUCAUGAUGCCAGAACAUUUCAGAGAAAAUGAAAUGUUACCCUCCUGAAUGUUCUCUCUGCUCUGAUUAGAUACAAUCGUGGAGUUAAGGUUAACAAUUUCAGUUGUACAUGUUAUUUUACUGUACAUAUCUAAGCACUAGAAAAUAUUACUUUUUAAAUAUUUCAUGCUUUUUUUAUAAGAACUUUAUCUGAGGCCAAAAAAAUAGAACUACCAAUCUUGCAGUUUAUAAAACUCUUCUGAUGUGAAAAUAAUAGACUUAUUGUAAAAAAAUUUUAAAACAGAAGGGCACAAAUAAAAAAAAUCACCUUAGACUUGUCCUAGUACUUUCCUGUGAUCCUUUUAUGCAAAAUUAUAUGUAAAAAAACUUUUUCUAAUGAAACCAAAGAGCCUUGCAAAUUUUUACUUGUCUCCAUUUGGGCUCAUGCCCAUAUGUACUUUGUCUAUAGACUGAGUAGCUAAUAGCUGCAGCGCUUGUUAGGAUUGGGUUUUUUUUAAGUACAGAUUCUUGUCAUCUGUUUGUGUUUAAAUGACGACAACAUCACAACAUGAAAUGCCAUGAUGUCACAUUGCUAUAGCACAACAACAAAAUUACAGCUCCCCAACAAUAACAUGCUGUCAAAGUGUCCUCCUGCCCAUGAGUCAGUGUUUUAGAAGUUAUGAAGAUUAUUUUUAGCACAGCGAGUGUCUUGGAAGCUUGGCUUCUGAAUCCUACUAAAAUCCUUAGUGAUUUGGUAAAAUCUAGGGUGGGGGUGGGCUUCCUGUUCUUAAAUUCUCCCACUCCCUGACCCGCAUAGCUGCCCACCCUCCUGUCCCGGUCACAUUAAACCCAGGUUCCAUUAUGCACUGCAAUCCACUUGGGGCUCGAUCACAACUCUGCGCCAGCAUCCCGUGAGGGGGGGGAGGAGGAGGAGGAGGAGGAGGAGGAGGAGGAGGAGGAGGCGGCGGAGGAGGAGGAGGAGGGUGGGGGAGGGGGAGGAGGAGGAGGAGGAGGAGACUAUAAUUAUCCUCCACGUCUGGGGCAGGCCCUUAGAUGACAUCUUCCCAGUUACCCUGCGCUCUAAUAGCGCAGCUCCGAUUCCUGGUCUCAGAAUCCAGGCGCGCCUCGGCCGGCUGGGAGCGCAUCCGAAGUGCCUGGGACCUCUCGGGCUUCCGGGACUCUGCUGGUGUCUCCCAGCCGCCAUCUCCGGCGCCCUCGCACCCGCCAGGCACCUGCACCGAAAACCCGGCCCCAAACUAGCGCCCCGGGGCGAGCGGCGGCAUUGCCAUAGUAACCGGGCGCCAGGACCGCGGAGGCCGCCGGGGAGGAAGUGACGAGCGGGCAUUUCGAAAGCGAAGCAGAAGCCGUAGAAUCAGCGGCGAGCCUGUUCAAAGAACCCACAGGUGCAUUUCACAGACUCUGGGUGAAAAUUGGAUGUGAAAAUGAAGCCAGACCGAGAUACUCUGGAUGAAUAUUUUGAAUAUGAUGCAGAGGAGUUCUUGGUCUCUUUGGCCUUGCUGAUAACAGAAGGACGAACACCUGAAUGUUCUGUAAAAGGUCGAACAGAAAGCUUUCAUUGCCCUCCAGCACAGUCUUGUUACCCAGUAACUACCAAACAUGAAUGUAGUGACAAGCUGGCCCAGUGCCGCCAAGCCAGACGAACUAGGUCUGAGGUCACAUUGUUGUGGAAGAAUAACCUUCCAAUCAUGGUGGAAAUGAUGCUACUACCAGACUGCUGCUACAGCGAUGAUGGGCCCACCACAGAGGGAAUUGAUCUAAAUGAUCCUGCAAUUAAGCAAGAUGCAUUAUUAUUAGAAAGAUGGAUCUUGGAGCCAGUUCCUCGACAGAAUGGUGACCGAUUUAUUGAAGAGAAGACGCUUCUGUUGGCUGUCCGCUCAUUUGUGUUUUUUUCUCAAUUAAGUGCAUGGCUGAGUGUUUCUCAUGGUGCUAUUCCACGAAAUAUUCUCUACAGAAUCAGUGCUGCUGAUGCAGACCUACAGUGGAAUUUUUCACAGACUCCAAUUGAGCAUGUGUUUCCUGUUCCCAAUGUUUCUCACAAUGUUGCCUUGAAAGUCAGUGUUCAGUCCUUGCCCAGACAAUCUAAUUAUCCAGUUUUGACCUGCAGUAUUCACACUAAUAUUGGCCUUUAUGAGAAAAGAAUUCAACAACAUAAACUUAAAACUCAUCAGCACCAUAAUCCAAAUGAAGUAGAACAAUGUGGUACAAACAGUUCACAGCGUCUGUGUAGCAAACAAACUUGGACCAUGGCACCUGAAAGUGUGUUACCUGCAAAAAGUGGCCCAAGUCCAGAAUAUACUGCAGCUGUCAAAAAUGUCAAACUGUAUCCAGGCACUGGCAGUAAAUCUGACCAUGGGACAUCUCAAGCCAAUAUUCUAGGCUUUAGUGGUAUAGGCGAUAUAAAAUCACACGAAACAUCAGUGAGAACUUUAAAAUCAUUUUCAAUGGUUGAUUCCAGUAUCUCUAACCGCCAGAGUUUCUGGCAGUCAGCUGGUGAGACUAACCCUUUAAUAGGCUCUUUAAUUCAGGAGCGGCAAGACAUCAUUGCAAGAAUUGCCCUACAUUUGAUUCAUUGUGAUCCAAGCACUUCACAUGUUUCUGGACAUCCAUUUAAUACUCGAGAGUCUAGUUCACUCCAUUCAAAACUUUUCCGGGUUUCACAAGAAAAUGAGAAUGUGGGAAAAGGUAAAGAAACUUUCUCCAUGACUUAUGGUAGUCCAGAGUUUACUUCCCCAGAAGACACCAAUGAGGGGAAAAUUCGACUAAAACCAGAAACUCCUCGAAGUGAAACUUGUAUUUCUAAUGACUUUUAUUCUCAUAUGCCUGUUGGAGAGAUUAAUCCUUUGAUAGGCUCUUUACUCCAGGAGCGGCAAGAUGUUAUUGCAAGGAUUGCUCAACACUUGGAGCACAUUGAUCCAACAGCAUCACAUAUCCCCCGGCAGUCAUUCAACAUGCAUGACUCCAGUGCAGUUGCAUCUAAAGUGUUUAGGAGUUCAUAUGAAGACAAAAAUUUGUUGAAGAAAAAUAAGGAUGAGUCCUCAGUUUCCAUUUCUCACACAAAAUGUUCCUUGUUAGGAGACACCAGUGAUGGGAAAAACUUAAUACCUAAUAAAUGUUUUACUUCUUUUAAAAAUAAUAGUAACGAAAAGUCUUCUUUGAAACAUCAAACAAGAAAUCAGUGUCAGAACAAUCCUAGUGAAAUCAUCCAAAGUACAUAUCAGGAGACACAGAACAAAAGUUCUAGUUUAUCGACUUCCUCAGUUUUGUCUCAGCACAAAGAAAAUAACUUAGAUUUGACAAGCAGAUUUAAGGAGCAAGAAAUGAGCAAUGGAAUUGAUAAACAGUAUUCAAAUUGCACCAGUAUUGACAAACAGAUAAUUUGUACAAAUAAGUAUAAGGAAAAAAUAAUAAAUGAGAACUAUAAUCCAAAAUUCUUUGGCAAUCUUCAAUCUGAUCAUUCAAAAAAAAAUGACUCAAAAAUAAAAGUUACUGUGUUGGAAAUGUCUGAAUAUUUGAACAAAUAUGAAAGCAUGUCCUCAAAUAAAGACUCAAAAAGGCCUAAGACAUGUGAGCAAAAUACUCAACUUAAUAGCAUAGAGAAUUAUCUCAAUAAAGAUAAUGAAGGUUUCAAAUGUAAGAAGUCAGACCAAUUAAAAAAUGAACAGGAUAAGAAAGAAGAUCCAACUAAUGAAAAAUCCCAAAACUAUUCUCAGAGAAGAAGUAUAAAAGACUGUUUGUCUACAUGUGAGCAACCAAAAAAUACAGAGGUAUUGAGGACUACACUGAAACAUUCAAAUGUAUGGCGAAAACAUAAUUUUCAUUCCUUGGAUGGAACUUCAACUAGAGCCUUUCAUCCUCAAACUGGAUUGCCUCUUCUUUCAAGCCCUGUUCCUCAAAGAAAAACACAAUCAGGUUGCUUUGAUCUGGAUUCUUCAUUACUACAUCUGAAAAGCUUCUCAUCUAGAAGUCCUCGACCAUGUUUAAACAUUGAAGAUGAUCCAGAUAUUCAUGAAAAACCAUUUUUGAGUUCUAGUGCUCCACCUAUAACAAGUCUUAGUCUCCUAGGAAAUUUUGAGGAAUCUGUCUUGAACUAUCGUUUCGAUCCUCUCGGCAUUGUUGAUGGUUUUACUGCCGAGGUAGGGGCAAGCGGUGCUUUCUGCCCCACACAUUUGACUCUUCCAGUUGAAGUGUCAUUCUACAGUGUUUCAGAUGACAAUGCUCCCUCUCCUUAUAUGGGUGUGAUUACUUUAGAGUCCCUUGGUAAAAGGGGUUAUCGAGUACCUCCUUCAGGAACAAUACAAGUGACCUUAUUUAAUCCUAAUAAGACUGUGGUGAAGAUGUUUGUUGUGAUAUAUGAUUUACGAGAUAUGCCAGCCAAUCAUCAGACAUUCCUACGACAAAGAACUUUUUCUGUACCUGUUAAACAAGAAGUGAAGAGAAGCGUUAAUAGAGAGAACAUCCGACACACAGAAGAACGGUUAUUACGCUACCUCAUACAUCUGAGGUUCCAGAGUUCUAAAUCUGGAAAGAUCUACCUCCAUAGAGAUGUACGGCUCCUGUUCUCUAGAAAGUCAAUGGAGGUUGAUAGCGGUGCUGCAUAUGAACUCAAAUCUUACACUGAAUCGCCAACAAACCCUCAGUUUUCACCAAGAUGUUGAUAAGGAGUGAUGAUUUAAAGUAUUUACUCAGUACCCAAGUUUGCAAGUAAAAAUUAGCAUAGAAUGGAUUGUACCAAAUUAACAAUCAGGAGAGUGGAUCCUCUCCUGUUAUCCUGGACCAGUUUUUAUUAAAGGAUUCCUGAAAUGAAAUCCAUAUAUUCCAUGUAGACUGGAAAAACUCAUGUCCUAAUCCUUUUUGUACUGUUGAAACCACUUCAUUGGACAUGUUGCAAUAGCAAAACCCCCAGUUAGAUUAGUGUUUACACAUUUUAUUUCUCAGUUAUUUAAUAUUUAAUGUUUUCCUUAAUACUCAAGUGAUGUUUGUCCCUAGUGUUCUAAUGUAGCACAAAUCCUAUGUAAAAUCAUACUAUGUAUUUUUGACAUUAAUGUUGAAAUCUGAAAUAUAUGCACAAGUCUUUAAUUUUGUGUGAUGUGUUAAGUGCUGUUCAUUUAAGUUAUUGAAAAUGAGAAUAAAAUGUUGAGCUUCUUUAAAAUUAA